AUGACUGCUACUGAGGUUAUCACUGCCCUUGCCGAGCACCAGGCACUGACGAAUGGCGCUUCCAAGUAUGUCAAUGGAGUCUCAUCAAACGACUGUUCUGCGUCCCUGAAAGAGGCCAAUGUUUCGGAAGGAUCUGCCAUCGUCCAGACCACCACUGAUGAAAAAACAACAUCCAACCCAAACCUCACACCGGAUGCAGCGACUGUAUCCGUACCCAGAGUGCCACCAAGCGGAGUUUGGGCUCCCGCAAUCACAUUCUUCGACCACAGCACCGACACGCUAGACACCGACUCCCAAGCGAAGUACUACAAGUAUCUAUCGAACAGCGGUCUUGCCGGGCUGGUCGUCCUGGGCACCAACGCUGAGACGUUUCUACUGACCCGCGAGGAGCGGAAGACACUGGUCGAAACGGCGCGUAAAGCAUGCGGGCCGUCGUACCCCCUCAUGGCCGGGGUUGGUGGGCACUCGACGAAGCAAGUCCUGGAAUUCAUCGUGGACGCCGCCGAUGCAGGAGCAAACUACGUUUUACUGCUACCACCAGCGUACUUCGGCAAACAGACAACUCCGGCGGUAAUCGACAGCUUCUUCAACGACGUUGCAAAGGAAAGCAGUCUGCCCAUCGUGAUCUACAACUUCCCGACCGUCUGCAACGGAAUCGACCUCGACUCAGCGACCAUCUCGCGCCUGGCCAAGACACACCCCAACAUCGUCGGCGUGAAACUGACGUGCGGUGCCGUCGCGAAAAUCACGCGUCUGUCCGCAGAGCUGCCCGCCGACCGCUUCGCCACGUUCGGCGGCCAGUCGGACUUCCUCAUCGGCGGGCUCGCCGCCGGGUCCGCGGGGACUAUUGCUGGCUUUGCGAACGUGUUUCCCAAGACGCUCGUGCGGAUCUACGAUCUGUACCAAGAGGGGAAGUUCAAGGAGGCGAUGGACUUGCACAAGUUGGCUGCGCUGGCGGAACAGCCUUGCAAGGCGGGCAUCGCGUCGGUCAAGUAUGCUGCUGCGCUGAACACGGCCAAGGCGGCGGGGAUUGACGGUGCGCUCGAGAAGUUGAGGCCGAGAAGGCCGUACGUCGAAGCGAGCGAGGCGGAGAAGGCGAAUAUUGAGACUCAGAUUGCGGCACUGGUGGGCAUUGAGGCAUGUCUCUAG